AUGGCGUGUGAGUAUUUAAGCUUGGGAUUGCACGUGGGCAAUCAUUCUAGGCCGACACCACUCGCUAUAAUUUUUUAUUUAUUCUGUUCUCCUACCAUGGAGCGGUCUGAAGUUCUUAACAUUGUGGAUACGGCGAUUGCCAGGAACAACGACAGUCUUGUCGAUUCGAUGAAACGCAUUCUAAAUGAGUCUUUAUCCGAUAUCAAGAGAGCCAAUUCCGAGUCUGCUGACUCCCAUCUCGGGGAAAUAAAGAAGCUGAAGUUUGAGGAGCCGGGGCGCUUUAAAAAGAAGGCGAACGAGGACCAGUACAGAUUUAAUUCAAAGCUGAGCGAUGUGUUAACCGAGGCCAAGUCGUCAUGCUCGUCUCAGCAGCUUGACAAGGUCAAAGAAUCACUAGAUAAAGGUGAGAGUUUGCUUGCCGAGAGACAAAAGCACAUUCUGUUAGCCGAUAAAUCAGAUUUUGGAUGGAUGAUCAUUCAGGAAUAUAAAAAGAAUGACCUCGCUGAUGACUCGGAUGACGAAAAGAAAAUUAUCAGGGCAGAAGCGAGAGCAAGAUCGCAAGCCAAGCAGAAUGCUCUGAAAUCCAAAUCAAGAUUUGCUCCUGUCAGACGGGACUUUCCUAAAAGCCUACCGAUCCCGAGCAAUUCCGUUACAGUUUCCAGUUCAGCAGUGAGACCUAUUCCAACGUUAGACGGGCAGUUCAGGAGUCAAAUCAAGCCAGGUUCUUGCUUCGCAUGCAAUAAGCCAGGUCACUGGAGGGCGCAGUGUCCCUUGCUAACUUCCAAGCCACGUGCAGGACAAGGACUAGCCGGCCGCGAGGAAGGGCAAGAUCAAGGUGUAGUUUUUUCUAAUGUUGUUGCAAAUUCUUUAAGUAACACUUUUGAGAAUGAUGUUCUCGAUUCAGAUCAAUCUUCGUCUGAUGCAACUUUAAAGUCUUUGACCCAUUGUGAAUUUGUUUCGGGUCAGGCUGAUGUUUGCUCAGUCCGCGGUAAUUUAGCUAAGUGUUAUCAGGAAUGGGUGAAUAUUGAUGCCCCAGGUUUUAUUUUAAGUGUCAUUCGCGAUGGGUACAAAAUUCCUUUCAUUGUUUUUCCGCCUCCCAAGGUUAGCCCUAACAAUGGUUCAGCACUAAAGGAGAGAGAGUUUGUUUCCGAGGCAAUUUGUAAUCUUAUUAGUAACCAAAGGUUUGGAGGUUUUGGAUCAUCCACCUGCCAUAGUUAAUCCACUUUCAGUUUCUACUCAGUCUUCAGGCAAGAAGCGGUUAAUUCUAGAUCUGAGACAUGUCAACUUGUACAUUUUCAAACAAAAGUUUAAGUGUGAAGAUUUGUCAGUAGCUCUUAAAGUUAUGUCCAAAGGGUAUUAUUUAUUUAAGUUUGACCUUAAAUCUGGGUAUCACCAUGUGGAAAUAUUUCCUGACCACAGAAAAUAUUUGGCCUUUGCCUGGGAUUUUGGCGACGGGGUCUUGAAGUACUUUCAAUUCGCGGUUUUGCCGUUUGGUUUGUCGUCCGCACCGUUUUUGUUUACUAAAUUGUUAAAGCCUGUAGUAACCUCAUGGAGAUGUAAAGGCAUUCCUAUGGUAAUUUUUCUAGAUGAUGGUUUAGGAGGUGGCGCGAACAGUAUUCAAGCUAAGAUCAAUAGUUUGACGGUUAAUGCAGAUUUGCUUAAAUUUGGUUUCGUUAUUAAUGAAAACAAGUCCCUUUGGGAACCAGUUCAGAAUAUUAUCUGGCUGGGUACUGUAUUAGACACUAAUCUAGGCUUUAUUUCUGUCACCGAACAUAGAAUAGCGAAGUUAAAGAGUAGUAUAGAUUCUAUUCUCAAGGGAGGUUGUACGACUGUCAACGUGAGAACUCUUGCCGCUGUUGUAGGCCAGAUUAUAUCAUUAACUCCUUGUGUAGGUGAUGUAACCAGGAUUAUGACAAGGUCGUUGUAUGCUGUUGUGAAUACGAAAAUGUCUUGGAAUUCUACCGUUGAAUUGUCUAAGGAAGCUUAG